AAAACAAGUUAAACAGCUGUACAUAGAUUGCAUACAGAUUAAAGCCAGGCACCACAUUCUGGCAGCGUGCAUGAGGAAUCUCAGGUUUUCUUCCUCGUGGCCAAAGACUUCCUGUAUUCGUGUCUUGCUUCGUGUGCUACCAGAGAAUUCAAGGUCAGAUGUGUGCUGUUGUAGAGUUGCUUGUUUCCAGUGGCAGGUCAAGCGAAGCGGCCCCCGAGAGCUUUACAGGGGAAGGGGGUCGCUGCGUGGUUCCUCCACAUACCACUGCUGAGAAAUCUGCUUGUGGUCCUUCAUGGCUGCUGUUAUUUGUCAUGUCCCAGUAAGUAGCUGCUGUCUCUUUAACUUUAAAGGGGCAACUUAUGCACUGGCGGUUGAAUUAUAGUGAGUAAAAGCCUGUGGGCUGUAUGUAAUCACUCAGAGUCUUAGAUCUGGCUUUUGAUCGCAACCCUGAAAAGGAGCUCAGGUUUUAUGUCCUUUUGUUAGACGUUGAAUGUGUAGUACUAGUAAAUCUUUAGUAGAUAUAUAUCAGUGUGUGGAUCUCGUACGUUGAGACAUUUGCGUGUUAGCGCUGUCAGAAUAUAAGACUUAAGGCCCGCGAAUCCCCUAAUCCCUGGUGCCACAGCCUCUUAUAGUGAGGCUUAGGACUGUUUUGAUCUCUGUUGAGUAACUAACUGUUCUGGCUGCAGGUUUCUCUUGUAGUCAGCUGUAAGAUUAGUCAGUCCACGCACCGUUGUGUCUGCACAGAGGCUGGAGCUGGUGCUGCACAGAAGGAAGAUGGACGAUGACACCGCCAACCAGGACAAAGAGAUGCUGCAGCAGAUCGAGAGGGAGGUGAGGAUGCAGGAAGGAGCCAGUAAGCUCCUGGCGGCGUGUUCCCAGAGAGAGCAGGCCCUGGAGGCCUCCAAGAGCCUGCUGACGUGCAACGCCCGCAUCCUGGCCCUGCUCGGCGAGCUGCAGCGGGCGAGGAAGGCUCGGGUCCUACGCAGAGGGAGGCGCAGAUCAGGAGAAGAUCUGGUGCCGUGUUGUGGUAAAGUGGCUCUCUCAGACCUGCGAGUCCCUCUCAUGUGGAAAGACUCCGAGUACUUCAAAAACAAAGGAGAGCUGCAGCGCUGUGCCGUGUUCUGCCUGCUCCGGUGCGGAACCCAAAUCCGCGACACCGACCUGGUGAUGGUGGACAGGACGCUGACCGACAUAUGCUUCGAGGACACCUUCGUAUUCCACGACGCGGCUCCCGACUUCCAGCUCGGCGUCGAGCUGUACAGCGGCCGCGUGCCGGAGGACGUCCCCGUCGCGGCCCUGGGGCCCAGGAGGAUCGGCCGCCUCGGGGGCUCCCUGGGGUGCUCCUCGGGGAAAAGGAUCCGCGGCGCGUUCGAGUCCGCCACCGGUUGCGGCUCCGCUUCCAGCGAAGGAGCCUCGCGGCCCGGAAGUCUGUCGCCACCUUUGUCGCGUGACUCAUCACUGGUGCCUAAGUAUAACCUGCUGGCUCAUGCAACGCUGGGACUCGAACACGUCCAGGACGGCUUCAAGACACACGAUUUGUCCCUGUCGGCGUCAGGUCGGGUCCGGUUCCUUUGGUUUGGUCCAGUCUUUGCCUGUUGUCGCUCAUCUCACUGUGUGAGCUGUGUCGUUGCAGAGGACAGUGCUUUUUGGUUGCCUCUGUACGGAAACAUGUGCUGCCGCGUGGCAGCUCAGCCUCUGUGCAUGACUGAGCCCGUGAUGAGUGGCCGACUCCAGGUCAAGCGAGAAGAGGAUCUGACAGAGUGGGAAUCGUUCUAUGGAGUCCUCAGGGGGCAAAAUUUGCUUUGUUAUUCGAGUCGAGACGACCUGAGGCCUGAUGAGUCUGAGGAGAGGCCGUUACUUGUAAUCCCCAUCACCAAGGACGCCGCGAUCAGCGUGUCCGAGGGAGACGCACUCCGUUCCCAGCAGGCCGUGCGCGUCGCCACGCAGCGCGACGGGGGGGACGCGUCGUACCUGCUGAGCGCGCACACGCGCGAGGACGCGCGGCGCUGGACGGAGGCGCUGCGGCAGCACACCUGUAACACAAGCCACUGGAAGCAGUGCUGCGAUCACCUCAUGAAGAUUGAAGCGCCGAGCUCCAGAAGAUCCAUCACAGUGAAGCAGGGCUCACUUUACCACGAAAUAGUAACGCCCCGCGCUCCCAGCGAAGGACCCGCGGUGCCAGAUUUAUCGGUUGAGAUUCGCGCCCUGCUUUCUUCCUACAACAAGGAAAGUUAUUGAUGAACCCUCCACCGGCGAAGGGAGAGGCUCCUCGGGCUCCAUGUGCUUCCCAUGACUGGUCAAGGAAAAGGACAUGAUAAAUGGUGCUAUUUCAAAACCUGCAGAGGACGCGGCCAAAGCCGCCGCCGCAGCAGUUAUUUUUCAUUCCCUCGUGGAGCUGAACUUUUUUGCCCAGUCAAAACACUGAUGGAGAAAAUAAAUGGCAGGCAGUCAUACCUGUAGAUAAUAGA